AUGGCCUUCACCGGCUAUAAUGGCUACGCUGAUGAUGCUAUGGACGGCGUCGAAUCGUCAGGACCCAAGGUCACCGUGAGAGAAGUCGAACAAGAUCGAGUAGAUUUUGUCCUCCAAUCAUGCUCUUUGGGCGUGGCCAACUCUCUACGUCGCGCAAUUCUUGCUGAGAUUCCUACCAUCUCCAUCGAUCUUGUCGAUAUUUCCACCAACUCUUCUGUCCUGCCUGACGAAUACCUUUCACACCGCCUUGGACUGAUCCCGCUUUUCAGUAAAGGAGUUGGUGAUUUAUUGCAGUAUACAAGGGACUGCGACCAGUGUGAUGACCACUGCGAUGCCUGCUCCGUCAUUUUGCGCCUGCACGUCAAGUGCACGCAGGCCGGCACCAUGAACGUGUACGCCCGCGACUUGAUGAUCACAAACCCUCGUCAGGACUCGAUUGGCCAGCCAAUCUUCCGAGAUGCUAAUGGCACCGGACCAUUGAUAGCCAAACUCAGACAGGGUCAAGAGAUUGAGCUAGAGUGUAUCGCGAAGAAGGGGAUUGCUAAAGAGCACGCAAAGUGGGCGCCUACUUCGGCGGUGGGCUUCGAAUACGACCCGAACAACAAGCUACGGCACGUUGACUACUGGUACGAAACGGACGCAAAGUCAGAAUGGCCUGUGGACGAGCGCAAUGCCAACUGGGAAGGUGACGAUUCGGCUGCAGACGCGGCGUUUGACCCCGAUGCGGUACCUAGUGCGUUCUUCUUUGAUAUUGAGGGGAUCGGAACCCUGGAGCCAGACGAUAUCGUCCGGGGCGGCAUCGACGUGAUCCAGAAAAAGCUGGCGGAGACCAUCCGAGUUCUGGGCGGUGCAGAUGCUGCGGGCAUGGAUGGCAUCAACGGCGGUGGAAGUCCAGAUGGAUACGAGCCCGCUCCGGCGAAUGGGGCAUACUCUAGCUAUGGUCGAGCGCCAGUCGGCGGAACCACUCCGUUUGGAGCAACACCUUAUGGAGGCGGGUAUGGCUCUUAUUGA